AUGAAUGCCGUGACUGUGGAAAAACUUGCAGAGAUAGUUCACUUCUUAGACAACAUGAAGGAAUUCAUUCAAGGGACAAACCUUGCAAAUGUGAUCAGUGCAGCAAAACCUUCAAAGAGGGUCCACACUGGUGAGAAGUCCACUGAGUGUAGCCACUGUGGAAAAGCAUUAAGUAGUCCAUCAGCCCUGAAGACACACCUGCGGAUACAUACUAGAGAGAAACCUUACAAGUGUGAUCAGUGUGGGAGGACUUUUAGAAUGAGCUGUAAUCUUAAUGUGCACAAGAAAAUGCAUGCUGGAGAGAAACCAUGUACUUGCAAUGACUGUGGGAAAGCCUUCAGGGAUCACUCGUGCCUUAAAGAAUACGUGAGAAUUCACACUGGAGAGAAACCCUUUGCAUGUAAUCAGUGUGGGAAAGCCUUCAGAAUGAAAUCUUUCCUCACUUUACAUAAGAAAAUUCACAUGAAAAUGAAACAAUAUGAGUGUAGGGAGUGUGGGAAAGCCUUCGGUGGUCUCUUAUCUCAUAGGAGAUAUAUAAAAAAGCACACGGGGGAAAAGAAACCCUUCAAGUGUAAUGAGUGUGAAAAGGCUUUUAGGAGGCAUGUGUCCCUUACAAUACCCAUAAGAACUCACACUGGAGAGAAACCCUAUGAGUGUGAUCAAUGUGGGAAAACCUUCAGCGUAAGGUGUAAUCUUAGUGUGCACAAGAGAGUCCAUACUGGUGAAAAGCCCUAUCAAUGCAGUGUCUGUGGACAUGCUUUCAUAAGCUCUCCUCCCUUCAGCGGCAUCAUGAGAGCACUCAUGCUGGAUAAAACUCCUAGUAAAUGUCCAUGUGCAGUAGUUUUCAGUGAACUCUCAAUCUUAAAGGCAUACAAGCAAAUGCUAACUGCAGAGGAGAACUGGAUGUAA